CUUGAGGACGCAAGAGGGGGUGCCGGGACCCCCGGGAGCCGGAGAGGGAGAAGCUUUGCGAGUUACUGGGUGAGGAGGGUGGAGGGCUACUUUUUCAAGUCGGGGGACCUGCCGCGCGGGGCUUGUUUACUUGGGUGGGAGCAGGGUGAUCACCGGCCGGGUUCUGAAGCGAACUGAAGUCGGACAGCCUGGGGGGUGAGCCCGCCCGGAGCCUGGAGGUGUGUCUGGCUCGCCUCCAGGGUCACAGGGUGGGGUACUGGCCACGGACUGGACUGGAUCACCGUUGGCUUGUGGUGAGCUCGCCUGCCCAACGGGCUGACCCCAAACAUCUGGCCCCGGGGCGGCGGAGGCUCUUUCCCGGGUCCUGCCCUCGCGCCGGUCCACCUCCACCCCCGCGCAGAGCGACGCGUGGGACGCGCAUCUUUUCGAGUGGUCCCCUUUGAACCCGGGCUGCGCUGACCCGGAGUCAGGCCGCCACGGGAGAGGCAGGGAGGGGUGCCUUCCUCUUGGUUCGUCGGCUGACAGCCGUGGGAACGCUAACUUGACCCGGCGGGGUCCUUAAGGGCCGGGGGUGGGCGAGGUUCUCCUCCCCUGGCGCUCACCUCCCCCUCGCCCCAGGCCCUCCCCUCCCCCGCCUCGCGCGGCAUCACUCUCAGAGCAUCCUCACUCCGCCCAGUUCGGUGCCAGCUGCGUGGGCUCCAGCUUCGUGCGUUUUCCUUGGAAUGCUCGGAAACUCGGCGAAGACUAAGGAGAUCCCGUCGGAAUUUGCCGGGCGUGCUAGCACCGGGCAAAGCACUCGCGCCGCCGGCCUCGACUCCAACCCCCUUCAGCCAGAAGAUCGCAACUUUGCAGAGACAAAGACAUAGCAUGGCAUGAACAUGGCGCAGUUCUAUUACAAAAGAAAUGUUAACGCCCCCUAUAGAGACCGCAUCCCUCUCAGGAUAGUCCGAGCAGAAUCCGAACUCUCACCCUCCGAGAAAGCCUACCUAAAUGCUGUGGAAAAGGGAGAUUAUGCAAGCGUCAAGAAAUCCCUAGAAGAAGCUGAAAUUUAUUUUAAAAUCAAUAUUAAUUGCAUCGAUCCUCUUGGAAGAACUGCUCUUCUCAUUGCAAUUGAAAAUGAGAACUUGGAACUCAUUGAACUCCUCUUAAGCUUUAACGUCUAUGUUGGAGACGCCCUAUUACAUGCUAUCAGGAAAGAAGUUGUGGGAGCUGUCGAGCUGUUGCUGAACCACAAAAAGCCCAGUGGAGAAAAACAGGUGCCUCCCAUACUCCUUGAUAAGCAGUUCUCUGAAUUCACUCCAGACAUUACACCCAUCAUUUUGGCAGCCCAUACAAAUAAUUAUGAGAUAAUAAAACUUUUGGUUCAGAAAGGCGUCUCAGUGCCCAGACCCCACGAGGUCCGCUGUAACUGCGUUGAAUGUGUGUCUAGCUCAGAUGUGGACAGUCUCCGCCACUCUCGCUCCAGACUCAACAUCUACAAGGCCCUGGCCAGCCCGUCUCUCAUUGCCCUGUCCAGUGAAGACCCUUUUCUCACAGCCUUUCAGUUGAGUUGGGAGCUCCAGGAACUGAGUAAGGUGGAAAAUGAAUUCAAGUCAGAAUAUGAGGAGCUGUCUCGACAGUGCAAACAAUUUGCUAAGGACCUACUGGAUCAGACAAGAAGUUCCCGAGAGCUGGAAAUCAUUCUUAAUUACCGUGAUGACAACAGUCUGCUGGAAGAACAAAGUGGAAACGAUCUUGCGAGACUCAAAUUGGCCAUUAAGUACCGUCAGAAAGAGUUCGUGGCUCAGCCCAACUGUCAACAACUGCUGGCGUCUCGCUGGUACGACGAGUUCCCCGGCUGGAGGAGACGACACUGGGCCGUGAAGAUGGUGACGUGUUUCAUAGUAGGACUCCUUUUCCCCGUCUUCUCUGUGUGCUACCUUAUAGCUCCCAAAAGCCCCCUCGGACUCUUCAUCCGAAAGCCAUUUAUCAAGUUCAUCUGCCACACAGCGUCCUAUUUGACUUUUCUGUUCCUGCUCCUGCUUGCCUCUCAGCACAUCGACAGGUCAGACUUGAACAGGCAAGGUCCACCACCAACCAUCGUCGAGUGGAUGAUAUUACCGUGGGUCCUGGGUUUUAUAUGGGGAGAGAUUAAACAAAUGUGGGAUGGUGGACUUCAAGAUUACAUCCAUGAUUGGUGGAAUUUAAUGGAUUUUGUGAUGAACUCCUUAUACCUAGCAACAAUCUCCUUGAAAAUCGUUGCAUUUGUAAAGUACAGUGCUCUUAAUCCACGUGAAUCUUGGGACAUGUGGCACCCCACGCUGGUGGCUGAAGCUUUGUUUGCUAUUGCAAAUAUAUUCAGUUCCCUGCGUCUGAUCUCACUGUUCACUGCAAAUUCUCACCUGGGGCCUCUGCAAAUAUCUCUGGGAAGAAUGCUCCUGGACAUCUUGAAGUUUCUGUUCAUCUACUGCCUCGUGCUGCUAGCAUUUGCCAAUGGCCUAAACCAGCUGUACUUCUAUUAUGAAGAAACAAAAGGGUUAAGCUGCAAAGGCAUACGAUGUGAAAAGCAGAAUAACGCCUUUUCAACGUUAUUUGAGACACUUCAGUCCCUGUUUUGGUCAAUAUUUGGGCUCAUCAACUUAUAUGUGACCAAUGUCAAAGCGCAGCAUGAAUUCACCGAAUUUGUUGGUGCCACCAUGUUUGGGACAUACAACGUCAUCUCUCUGGUUGUCCUGCUUAACAUGUUAAUAGCUAUGAUGAAUAAUUCUUACCAACUUAUUGCUGACCAUGCGGAUAUAGAAUGGAAAUUUGCUAGAACAAAGCUUUGGAUGAGUUAUUUUGAAGAAGGAGGUACCCUUCCUACCCCCUUCAAUGUCAUCCCGAGCCCCAAGUCUCUCUGGUACCUGAUCAAAUGGAUAUGGACACACCUGUGCAAGAAAAAGAUGAGAAGAAAGCCAGAAAGUUUUGGAACGAUAGGGAGGCGAGCUGCUGAUAAUUUGAGAAGACAUCACCAAUAUCAAGAAGUUAUGCGGAACCUGGUAAAGCGAUACGUUGCUGCAAUGAUUAGAGAUGCCAAAACUGAGGAAGGUCUGACAGAGGAGAACUUUAAGGAACUGAAGCAAGACAUUUCUAGCUUCCGCUUUGAAGUCCUGGGUUUAUUAAGAGGAAGCAAACUCUCCACGGUCCAGUCUGCCCAGGGCACGAAGGAGUCUUCUAACUCCGCAGACUCGGAUGAAAAGAGUGAUAACGAGGGUAGCAGCAAGGACAAGAAAAAGAACUUCAGCCUCUUCGACCUGACCACCCUCAUUCACCCGCGGUCGGCGGCAAUUGCCGCCGAAAGACACACCAUCAGCAACGGCUCCGCCCUCGUGGUGCAGGAGCCCCCGAGGGAGAAGCAGAGAAAAGUGAAUUUUGUGACUGAUAUCAGACACUUUGGGUUGUUUCACAGACGAUCGAAACAACACGUCGCCGCGGAGCAAAACGCAAACCAGAUCUUCUCCGUUUCAGAAGGGGUGGCUCGCCAACAAGCUGAAGGACCCCUGGAGAGGAGCAUCCAGCUGGAGUCCCGAGCUCUAGCUUCACGGGGUGACUUGAACAUCCCGGGGCUCAGCGAACAGUGUAUAUUGGUAGAUCAUCGAGAAAGAAAUACAGACUCCCUGGGUGUACAGGUGAGCAAGAGAGUGUGUUCAUUCAAGUCAGAGAAGGUGGUGGUGGAGGACACGGUUCCCAUCAUACCAAAGGAGAAGAAACACGCGAAAGAGGAGGACUCGAGUGUAGACUAUGAUGCAAACCUCACAGACACCAUCACCCACGAAGACUAUGUGACCACAAGGUUGUGAUACUUGACCUGAGAAAGCGUUUCUCAUCUGUAACACACAUUUUCCAUAGUGAGCUGGGUGGUGGGGGGAGAUGUUUAUCAGUGAAUUAGCCAAUGCUAACUUACACUUUACAGCAUUUAUCAACUGGGGCAUAUUAACCAUGUCAUGUUUAAAUAAGGCAAAGGCUAUCCCAAAUCCUUGUUUAGUUACCCGCUUUUGCUUUCACAAUUUGUUUUACAAUUUUUUGUUGUUGUUGUUGUUAAUAAAUAAAUGCACCUUGUAUUCUUGUACUGUUACGAUAACCCACAGGAAAUUUUUAGCUCUUUUUCAAUUUAAACAAAACCAACUUACUACAUGUGGUAGCUGACUCCUAUAAUAGGAUAUUUUUAUAUGCAAAAAAAAUGUAGCUGAAAUAGUAGAGCUUUUCAUAAUUUUUCAGGGUCUCUAGAGAUGGUUACUCAUCAAGGACUUUUCACUGAGCCAGAAAGUUUGGCUUUAAAACACAAAUAUUAUCCAAUUAUUUCUUAAGAACAUGUAAAUAUCAUGCAUAAUUUAAGCAAACAAGUCUCCUCAUGGAAUCAAGAUCAAGCUCUUAAAAUGAAAGUCAGGUAUACGUUCUAGAGUUUUAGGGUGUCCAGUUUUUGCUCUUAGUAAUUAAAAAAAAUGUUUGUCCUUAAUACAUGUUGAUGAUUUUUAAUGUUUUGUCAGAAAAUAAUUUUUAAGUUUGUUUUUUAAUGAUCUUUUUCAGACUCACCUGCAAAUUAUAUAAGUAUGAGGCUUUGUGAAUAAAGAGAAUUUCAAAAAUGUGGCAAAAGAUCUCAGUGCUAGAAAAGAAUAACAAUAAAGUACAACACCUUAAACAAA